UACAGCUGUGGUCGUGGGAGAGGUUCUCUAUAGGGCGACCAGAUGUACGUGUUCAUGAGCCUAUAGACGCCAUGUUUGAUGUUGACGGCAUCGACAUGCCUACUUUCGGUCUGUGUUGGACUCGUCGCGAGGUAUGCACCGUGUUGUAGUUUAAUGCAACUUUUUCUGCACAAGAGAUAGUUCGAUGCUAGCGGCUACUAACUUUUCUUCUCUGCAGAGACGCUUUGCUAGUGAUCAGACCAGGAAGGCAUACACAGCAUUGAACGAGCAGUUCGAUGCGUACACCGGGGUCAUCUGGCAGCCCUACACGGAAGCAGCCAUACAAGCGAGAUACCCUGCUGGUAUGUCUGUGCUAUGCACAAGGGACCGAGAUUACUGGAUGACAAAAUCUAAGAUCAUCUUCGAUGUCUUCGUCGAGGAGAUGGCACAACAGAGGGUUAUGAGGCAAUUUGGUCUUCUGCAGUUGGAGCUACCUCCCCCUAUAGAGAACCCGGUGCCAGCACACAUCCACAGGCUACCUUGACACGCGAACUCUACGACGACGUGACCACCUUUGGACGAUCACUAUCGUCUGGACCUC